AUGAGUGAUGGUGACCCGAUUGAUCUGGUUGAGCUGUCUUUCGAGCCGUUCCCGAUUGGUGCCGUCUGCAAUGUCCGGGUCCUCGGGGCCAUCGGUCUCGUAGACCAGGGCGAGUGUGAUUGGAAGGUUCUUUGCAUUCGUCUGGACGAGCCGCAGGCCAGCCAGCCGGCCCCCGUCGCAAGUGACGCCACGGCUGACAGCCUCCUUGAACAGCAUACUGCCAAGCUCAACCACCAUACCCUGCACACGGUGGACGAUGUCCCGCCGGAGAUCAUCCAGCGUGUCAUCGAGUGGUAUCGCGACUACAAGACCAUCGAGGGGAAGCCCAGCAACAGCUACGUCCCCAACACCGAGGAGCCUGCUCGGGGGUUCGUCUUCUCCAAGGAUCAAACUGCUCGGAUCCUGGCCCAUGCCCACCAAGACUGGUGCGGUCGCCAGCGCGAGCCCAUCCAACAGUGA